GUUGACAUUUAAUAAUUUUACUUGAGAUACAAAAGGAGAUAGAAAGAUAGAGAACAGAGAGAUAGGGGUUAAGAAAUGGAGAAAAGAGCAGAGAAGAUAAGGAUAGUAUUGGUUCCACUUCCAAUACAAGGACAUAUCACUCCAAUGAUGCAACUUGGUCAAGCCCUUAACUUGAAGGGCUUCUCAAUUACUGUCGCUCUCGGAGCUUUUAAUCGAGUAAGUUCUUCGCAACACUUCCCUGGUUUUCAAUUUGUCACCAUACCAGAAACUGUACCAAUUUCUCAACAUGACACACUCGGAGUAGUUGAGUUUGUGGUUAAGCUCAACAAAACCAGCGAGGAGAGUUUCAAAGACUGUAUAGCUCAGUUGUUGCUGCAACAUGGAAAUGAUAUAGCAUGUAUCAUUUACGACGAGCUCAUGUACUUCUCUGAAGCUGCAGCUAAGGAGUUCAAGAUUCCAAGUGUCAUAUUCACCACUGGUAGUGCUACAAAUCAUGUUUGUUGCUGUGUUUUAAGCAAACUCAACGUCGAGAAGUUCUUGAUCGACAUCGAAGAUCCGGAAGUGCAAAACAAGGUGGUGGAAAAUUUACAUCCAUUAAAAUACAAAGACCUACCAACUUCAGGAAUGGGGCCACUAGAGCGAUUUUUGGAGAUUUGUUCGGAAGUAGUUAACAAAAGAACGGCUUCCGCUGUUAUAAUUAACACGUCGAGUUGUCUAGAGAGCUUGUCUCUCUCAUGGCUGAAAAAAGAACUCAAAAUUCCAGUGUACCCCUUAGGCCCUCUUCACAUUACAGCUUCAGCAACGUCUAGUUUACUGGAAGAGGACAGGAGCUGCAUUGAAUGGCUGAACAAGCAGAAACCGAGGUCAGUCAUAUACAUUAGCGUAGGAAGCAUAGGUCACAUGGAAACAAAGGAAGUGUUGGAGAUGGCUUGGGGAUUGUAUGAUAGCAACCAACCUUUCUUGUGGGUAAUCCGACCAGGCUCUAUCCCUGGUUCAGAGUCAUUACCAGAAGAAGUCAGUAAGAUGGUCUCAGAAAGAGGAUGCAUUGUGAAAUGGGCACCGCAGAAUGAAGUACUUGUGCAUCCUGCAGUUGGAGGCUUUUGGAGCCAUUGUGGAUGGAACUCAACACUCGAGAGUAUUGGGGAAGGAGUUCCGAUGAUUUGCAGACCUUUUAAUGGUGAGCAAAAGUUAAACGCAAUUUAUAUAGAAAGUGUUUGGAGAAUAGGGAUUCUGCUUCAAGGUGAAGUGGAAAGAGGAGGGGUCGAGAGAGCUGUGAAGAGGUUGAUUGUGGAUGAAGAAGGUUCAGGAAUGAGGGAGAGAGCCCUUGUUCUAAAAGAGAAGCUCAAUGCCUCUGUAAGAAGUGGAGGCUCCUCAUACAAUGCAUUGGAUGAGCUCGUCAACUAUAUAGAAACAGAGUAUAGCAAUUCUUGAAAACAGAGUAAACCUGAAGAAUUUCUGUAUCCAUGCCUCAAGCUUGAUCUUGUAAAGAAAGUCCAUUGCAUGUUUAAUCCUCAAAAGCCUUUCUUUCUAUAUACCAAAAACAUUGAGGCAUGGAUCAAAUCUGUCACAACAAGAGAUAUUUCUAGUACUUAUUUUGAGCAUCUUUUUCUAAUACAGAAAUUUCUUAUAUUUU